AUGUGCAGUGCUGGAGCAAUUUCAGCUUUACUUUUCCCUUUGAUCCACUCUCUGUAUAGCACAGCAAGCCCCAGCAUGCUGAAGAGGAAACAGAGCUCACGGGUCGAGGCCCAGCCCAUGACCGAUUUUGGGCCAGAUGAGACCCUCGCAGACAGCGCUGACAUCUUCUGGAUCAACAAACCAUGGGUGCACUCCCUGCUGCGAGCCUGUGCCAUCAUCAGUGUCAUCUCUGUGUGUAUGAACACCCCAAAGACAUUUGAGCAUUACCCUCCGCUGCAGUAUGUCACGUUCACACUGGACACCCUGCUCAUGUUUCUCUACACCGCCGAGAUGAUCGCCAAGAUGCACAUCAGGGGAAUCAUCAAGGGUGAUAACUCCUAUGUGAAAGAUCGUUGGUGUAUGUUUGAUGGAUUCAUGGUGUUUUUCAUCUGGGUGUCCCUGGUGCUGCAGGUGUUUGAAAUAGCCGAGCUAGUGGAUCAGAUGUCUCCAUGGGGGAUGUUAAGAAUCCCCCGAGCACUUAUUAUGAUCCGGGCCUUCAGGAUCUACUUCCGCUUUGAGCUCCCUCGCUCCCGCAUCACCAAUAUUCUGAAGCGAUCUGGGGAACAGAUCUGGAGUGUGUCCAUCUUUCUGCUGUUUUUUCUACUGCUUUAUGGAAUUCUGGGUGUUCAAAUGUUUGGAACGUUCAACCAUCACUGUGUUACUAAUGACACACAGAAAGGUAAUGUUACAUGGAACAGCUUGGCCAUCCCAGACACUCACUGUUCCCCUGAUGGGGAGGGCUACCAGUGUCCUCAUGGCUUCAAAUGCAUGGACCUUGAAGAACUGGGCCUCAGCCGACAGGAGCUUGGUUACAGUGGCUUCAAUGAACUAGGUACAAGUAUCUUCACUGUGUAUGAGGCAGCAUCACAAGAGGGUUGGGUAUUCCUCAUGUACAGAGCCAUUGACAGUUUUCCUCGCUGGCGCUCCUACUUCUAUUUCAUUACUCUUAUUUUCUUCUUGGCAUGGCUUGUCAAGAAUGUGUUCAUUGCGGUCAUCAUCGAGACAUUUGCUGAGAUCAGAGUGCAGUUUCAGCAGAUGUGGGGCUCAAGAAGUAGUACCACCUCUACUGCUACAACACAGAUGUUCCAUGAAGACGCUGCUGGGGGAUGGCAGCUUGUAGCUGUGGACGUCAACAAACCACAUGGUCGAGCGCCGGCCUGCCUCCAGCAACUGAUGCGGUCCUCUGUGUUUCACAUGUUCAUCUUGAGCAUGGUUGCUGUAGAUGUUACCGUAGCUGCUAGCAACUACUAUAAAGGCGAGAACUACCGCAGGCACUAUGAUGAAUUUUACCUUGCAGAGGUCGCUUUUACUGUGUUAUUUGACCUGGAAGCUCUUCUGAAGAUCUGGUGCCUCGGCUUCACCGGCUACAUCAGUUCCUCCCUGCACAAGUUUGAAUCUUUGCUGGUGGUGGGCACCACGCUGCACAUCUACCCCGACCUCUACCACUCCCAGUUCACAUACUUUCAGGUGCUACGUGUGGUGCGCUUGAUAAAGAUUUCCCCAGCUCUGGAGGACUUUGUCUAUAAGAUAUUUGGUCCAGGUAAAAAGCUAGGCAGCUUGGUGGUGUUCACAGCCAGCCUCCUCAUCGUCAUGUCAGCUAUCAGCCUGCAGAUGUUCUGCUUCGUGGAGGAGCUGGACCGCUUCACCACAUUCCCCAGAGCAUUCAUGUCUAUGUUCCAGAUCCUAACCCAGGAGGGCUGGGUCGAUGUCAUGGACCAGACUCUGGUGGCAGUAGGUGAUAUGUGGGCUCCGGUAGUGGCCAUUUACUUCAUCCUCUACCAUCUGUUUGCUACCCUGAUUCUGCUCAGUCUUUUUGUUGCUGUAAUCUUGGACAAUCUGGAGCUGGAUGAAGACUUGAAGAAGCUCAAACAGCUCAAGCAAAGUGAGGCCAAUGCUGACACCAAAGAGAAGCUCCCUCUAAGACUCAGGAUUUUUGAGAAGUUCCCCAACAGACCUCAGAUGGUGAAGAUCUCCAAGCUCCCAUCAGAUUUCACUGUGCCCAGAAUCAGGGAGAGUUUUAUGAAGCAGUUCAUUGAUCGGCAGCAGCAGGACACCAGUUGUUUGUUCCGGCGUCUCCCCUCCGCUUCAUCCUCCUCCUGUGACCACUCCAAACGCUCAGCCAUUGAAGACAACAAGUAUAUCGACCAAAAGCUUCGCAGGUCAAUAUUUAGUAUCCGAGCUCGUAACCUCCUGGAAAAGGAAACUACUAUCAAUAAAAUCCUGCGGGCUUGCACCAGACAGCGUAUGCUAAGUGGAUCCUUUGAAGGCCAGCCAGCGAAGGAACGCUCCAUACUUAGUGUCCAGCAUCACAUACGCCAAGAGCGCAGAUCUCUGCGACAUGGUUCCACCAGUCAGAGGAUCAGCCGAGGGAAGUCGCUGGAGACACUCACACAAGAUCAUUCCAGUACAGUACGCUACCGUAACGCCCAGAGAGAGGACAGCGAGAUCAAGAUGAUCCAAGAAAAGAAAGAGCAAGCAGAGAUGAAAAGAAAGGUCCAGGAGGAGGAGCUGAGGGAGAACCAUCCUUACUUUGAUAAGCCUCUUUUUAUCGUGGGUCGGGAGCACCGCUUUAGGAACUUUUGCAGGAUGAUCGUUCGAGCCCGUUUCAAUGUAUCCAAAACUGACCCCAUAACAGGAGCAGUGAAGAACACCAAAUACCACCAACUGUAUGAUCUUCUGGGCCUGGUCACCUAUUUGGACUGGGUGAUGAUCAUAGUGACCAUCUGCUGUUGCAUCUCCAUGAUGUUUGAAUCACCCUUCACCAGGAUCAUGCACGUCCCCACACUUCAGAUUGGGGAGUAUGUGUUUGUGAUCUUCAUGAGCAUCGAGCUGAACCUGAAGAUCAUGGCUGACGGUCUGUUCUUCACCCCCACCGCUGUCAUCAGAGACUUUGGAGGAGUGAUGGACAUUUUUAUCUAUCUCGUCAGCCUGAUUUUUCUGUGCUGGAUGCCUCCUGACAUCCCUCCUGAGUCUGGGGCUCAGCUGAUGAUGAUGCUGCGCUGCCUACGUCCGCUCAGGAUCUUCAAGCUGGUACCCCAGAUGAGGAAGGUGGUGCGGGAGGUUCUCAAAGGAUUCAAGGAGAUUUUUCUGGUUUCCAUUCUGCUCCUCACACUAAUGCUGGUGUUUGCAAGUUUCGGAGUUCAACUGUUUGCCGGAAAGCUCGCCAAAUGCAACGAUGCCCGUAUCCUUAAACGGGAGGACUGUUAUGGUAUAUUCAGAAUUAAUGUCAGCGUUUCCAAAAACCUCAACCUGAGACUGAGGCCUGAGGAGAAGAAACCGGGUUUCUGGGUGCCUAGAGUCUGGGCCAACCCUCGUAAUUUUAACUUUGACAAUGUGGGAAACGCAAUGCUGGCUCUCUUCGAAGUGCUGUCACUUAAAGGCUGGGUGGAAGUCCGUGAUGUCAUUAUUCACCGCAUUGGACCGAUCCAUGGCAUCUACAUCCAUGUGUUUGUGUUUCUGGGAUGCAUGAUUGGACUCACUCUGUUUGUAGGCGUCGUCAUUGCAAACUUCAACGAAAACAAGGGCACUGCUUUGCUUACUGUGGACCAGAGGAGAUGGGAGGAUCUUAAGAGCAGACUGAAAAUAGCCCAACCCCUCCACCUGCCUCCUCGUCCAGAGAAUGGUGGAUUCAGAGCCAAGAUGUAUGACAUCACUCAGCACCCCUUCUUUAAACGAGGCAUUGCUGUGCUGGUGUUGGCACAGUCAGUGUUGCUGUCAGUCAAGUGGGAUGUAGACGAUCAAGUAACAUUUCCUCUCGCCACCAUGUCGGUUGUCUUCACCUUUAUAUUUGUGCUGGAGGUGACUAUGAAGCUGAUAGCCAUGUCUCCAGCGGGUUACUGGCAAAGCCGACGGAAUCGCUAUGACCUGCUGGUGACUUCUCUUGGUGUCAUCUGGAUAGUCCUGCACUUUGCCUUACUGAAUGCAUAUACCUACAUGAUGGGUACAUGUGUGAUUGUCUUCAGAUUCUUCACUAUAUGUGGGAAGCAUGUGACACUGAAGAUGCUGCUGUUGACUGUGGUAGUAAGUAUGUACAAGAGUUUCUUCAUCAUCGUGGGAAUGUUUCUCCUUCUCCUCUGCUACGCGUUUGCUGGCGUUGUUCUCUUUGGAACGGUCAAAUAUGGAGAGAACAUCAACCGGCAUGCCAACUUCUCCACAGCGGGCAAGGCUAUCACUGUUCUCUUCCGUAUUGUCACAGGGGAAGAUUGGAAUAAAAUCAUGCAUGACUGCAUGGUACAACCCCCAUUUUGCACCCCAGAUAAACAUCGCUACUGGGAGACUGACUGUGGCAACUACGCUGGAGCCCUUAUAUACUUCUGCUCUUUCUAUGUCAUUAUAGCCUACAUCAUGCUCAACCUUCUUGUAGCUAUCAUUGUGGAGAACUUUUCUCUGUUCUACUCCACUGAGGAGGACCAGCUGCUGAGCUAUAAUGACCUGAGGCACUUCCAGAUCAUUUGGAACAUGGUGGAUGACAAACGGGAGGGUGUGAUCCCAACGUCCAGAGUGAAGUUCCUGCUGCGUCUGCUCAGAGGCAGAUUGGAGGUGGACCUGGACAAAGACAAGCUGCUGUUUAAACACAUGUGCUAUGAGAUGGAGCGACUGCACAGCGGAGGAGAUGUAACCUUUCACGAUGUGCUCAGCAUGCUGUCGUAUCGCUCAGUGGACAUUAGAAAGUCUCUCCAGCUGGAGGAGCUGUUGGCCAGGGAACAGCUGGAGUACACCAUUGAAGAAGAGGUUGCCAAGCAGACCAUACGCAUGUGGCUAAAGAAAUGCCUCAAACGCAUCCGUGCGAAGCAGCAGCAGCCGUCUAGCAUUAUCAACAGCCUGAGAGAGAGCCAGCAGCAGGAGCUGAGCCGCCUCCUCAACCCCCCCAGCAUAGAGACCACAAUGCCAAGUGAAGACCACAAUACUAACAACCCAGACAACCCCUCACAGCCUGAGAUGAGUGGUCUCCAGCAGCUUCUAAGCCCCACGUUGUCAGACAGAGGAGGCUACAGGCAGGACUCUUCAGACCUGGGGAGACCACAGAGGAAGCUGGGACAGUGGCGGCUUCCAGGUCGCACAAGUGUCAAGUCCAAUGUGUCCAAGAUGAACCCUGUCAACGAUGAAGCCUCCUCGGGGUCAGAGGUGAAGAAGUGGUGGACCCGUCAGCUGACUGUGGAGAGCGAUGAGAGCGGCGAUGACCUCAUUGACUUAUAGAGAUGAGGCGCAGCGCAUCCUGCAGUUUUUUUACAGAUAAGCCGGGAUGCUUGGGGCUCGAGUUGUUUGAAUUCCUCUAGCUCUCCCCUGAUCAGUGACAACACUUUUUCUAAUAUUUUUUUAAUCCAGGUUUGGAGCUGUUCAGAAAGUAUCAUUGGCUGUGUGUGCAGGUCAUUGAUGGGACAUUUGUUGAGCAGCCUUUUUGACAUGCAGUGACAAUUUCAUACCUCUGGGAAACGUGUUACUUUUCUUUUGUGCUUUUCGCUCUUUAUCAUUGCUGAGUUUUUCUAUGCAGGCAUAUAUUGUGUGAUGACUGUGACCAGCCAGGACAUGUUGGAUUCAUGAAAUGAACCGAGAUGCUGCUGCUGUCCAUGAUUUCUCCUGUUCUGCUGUUUCAUGUCAGUGAUUGAAACCAAUAAUUGUGUUGAUUCAGCUUCUAUAAUUUAUGAUGUCCUUUUAUGUCAGUGCUUUGUGUCUGUUUUCUGUUUCUAGUUCAUGUUUCUAAUGUCUCUUCCUGUCUUCAGUAUUAAUCUCAUAUCAAUAUCGAUUUUCUUAUUGUCACUUUAUACUUAAACCAGGCCUCAUGUUCUAGUUGGUAGAACACAAAAAUGACUAAAAUAUUUAGAUUUAUGACUGUGAAUGUAAUUAAAAGUUAAAUCUAUCAUAUGUAUUUAUGUGGAGUUAAAAACACAAACUAUUUUAUAAAUUAUAAUAAAUCCUUUAUCAAGUAUUCAAUUAUUCUAAUAAAGG